AUGUAUACAGUCGACCGUCUAUACGACGACAGCGACGCUGUAACGUCCGACAACACGCGUUGUCGUCACGGCGUUAGAUUUUCCCGUUGGAUACGACCAAAGUUUCUUUUCAGCGUAGAACUUCAGACGCCCGCCACUGGGUGUAACACACCAACCGCCUCGCGCACAACAUAUUGGACGACUACUGAACUACGGUCUCGGCCCUCGGUGAACGUGAACGGCGAUGAUACGACGUCGGUAGCAGUGGUGAACGGGCGACAAGCUCGCGGGACGUUCGGGGGCGGACGAGGACCGCCCGCCGCCGAGUCGGACCGGGCGACGGGACCCGCCUGA